AUGUUGCAGGCAGUUUCAGAGAAUUGGAUACCUGCUUGGACAGAAAGAGAUGGGAAGGGCACCAUCCUGCCUUUGCAUUCCAGUCACCCAAAUAUGGAAACUUAUCUCAAGUGUUUGAAACCCUCCUGGGGGUUCUUUAUUCAGUUUUCUAUUAGGAUGCACGUAGGACUUCACAGGAGCCUUCAGCUCGGCUGCCUGGAGUCCCUUGAACAGAGAAGCCCCGGAGCCCCUCUGACUGCAGAGGCCGGACGGGUCCGCCCUCUAGGUAACACUGGUCACUUCGUAGUUGCUGACCCUGCAUCCCCUCACCCGUGUCCCCAAUCAACUCUUGAUUUUUCAGUCUCCUUCUCUUUCUAUUUAUUUUCUUCCUUUAUCUCUCCCCUCACUGCUCCACCCGGGCUUUCUCUCCCAUUUUCCUGA